GAGAAGGGCGCGGUUUUUCCGUGAGGGGGGCGGCCCAAAAUGGCGGCGCGGCCGUGGCCGCCGCUGCUGCCGCCGUUGUUUUUGCUGCUGAUUUUGGCGGCGGGACCGGGUCCGGAUCUUUCCCGGGGACCUCUCGGGUGGCUCCGGUUGGGGUUCGGUCCCGGUGCGGUGUUGGGGUAUUUUCCCGAGGAGCGGUGGAGCGCGGAAUCGCCGCUGAGGCCGCCGAGCGUGAUGGUGGCGCUGCUGGCGAGGAACGCGGCGCAUUCGCUGCCGUUGGUGCUGGGAGGGAUCGAGAGGCUGAGGCAUCCCAAAGAGAGGAUGGCGUUAUGGUUCCCCGAAUUUGGGGAGGGGUCUGAGGGUGCUCUGGGACCCCUCCCCAGGUCAUACCCGGAUGAAGAAGGUCCCAAACAUUGGCCCCCGUCGCGCUACGAGCGGCUGAUGCGGCUGCGGCAGGAGGCGCUCGAGGCCGCCCGCGCCAGCUGGGCCGACUACAUCCUGUUCCUGGACAGUGAUAACGUGCUCCUCCACCCGGACACUCUGUCGCUGCUGAUGGCCGAGGGUCGCACGCUGGUGGCGCCGAUGCUCGACUCCCGCGCCGCCUACUCCAACUUCUGGGGCGGGGUCACCCCACAGGGCUAUUACCGCCGCACUCCCUGGUACCUCCCGAUCCGCCGCCGCGAGCGCCGCGGGAUUUUCCCGCGCCGCGGGAUUUUCCCGGUUCCCAUGGUGCACUCCACCUUCCUGCUGGAGCUGCGGCGACAAAGCUCCGCCCACUUGGCCUUUUACCCGCCCCCCAUUGGCUACCGCGGCCCCUUUGAUGACAUCUUGGUCUUUGCUGCUUCCUGUCGGGAGGCUGGUGAGGAAUUGUGGGAAAUUUCGGGAAUUUUCGGGAUUUUCCAGGUUUUCCUGAUCAAUCUCCGGCGCCGCUCCGACCGUCGGACGCGAAUGCUGCGAACGCUGCGGGAACUGGGGAUCGACCCCAAACUGGUGGAGGCCGUGGAUGGACGAUCUCUGAACAGGAGCCAGCUGGAGGCGCUGGGGGUGCGGAUGCUGCCGGGAUAUCGCGAUCCCUUCCACGGCCGAGCGCUGACCCCGGGAGAGGUCGGCUGCUUCCUCAGCCACUUCCGGGUCUGGCAGGAG